UGCCCCUGUGGGCGGAGCUGAACUGGACGUUAGGUCCCUGCGCCGUGUCCCGGGCCUGAGGGCAGCGGCCUGUUUGCUCAGGAACUCCUUCAGCCGCCGCGUUCUCAAGCCGCCGUUGCCGCCCGGGACGAUGAUGCCGCGCCUGCUGUUGCGUGACUGGUCCCGCUGCCCCUCGUUUGUCCUGGGAGCCCCUAGUCGGCCCUUAAGUGCUGUCUCGGGGCCCGCCGAGUAUCUGCAGCACAGCAUCGUACCCACCAUGCACUACCAGGACAGCCUGCCCAGGCUGCCUAUCCCUAAACUUGAAGACACCAUGAAGAGAUACCUCAGUGCACAGAAGCCUCUCUUGAAUGACACCCAGUUCAGGAAAACAGAAAUGCUGUGUAAGAAUUUUGAGAGCGGCAUUGGGAAGGAGCUGCACGCCCACUUGCUUGCUCAGGAUAAGCAGAAUAAGCACACCAGCUACAUCUCAGGCCCCUGGUUUGAUAUGUAUUUAACUGCUCGAGAUUCUGUCGUUUUAAACUUUAAUCCAUUUAUGGCGUUCAAUCCAGACCCGAAGCCUGGGUAUAAUGAUCAGCUCACCAGGGCCACCAACUUGACUGUUUCUGCAGUGCGGUUUCUGAAGACACUUCGGGCUGGCCUUCUAGAGCCAGAAGUAUUCCACCUGAACCCUGCCAAAAGUGACACAGAUGCCUUCAAAAGACUCAUACGCUUUGUUCCUCCCUCUCUGUCCUGGUACGGAGCCUACCUGGUCAACGCGUAUCCCCUGGAUAUGUCCCAGUAUUUUCGGCUUUUCAAUUCAACUCGUAUACCCAAACCCAGUCGUGAUGAACUCUUUACUGAUACCAAGGCCAGACACCUGCUGGUCCUAAGAAAAGGACAUUUCUAUGUCUUUGAUGUCCUUGAUCAAGAUGGGAACAUUGUGAACCCCUCAGAAAUUCAGGCACAUCUAAAGUACAUUCUCUCAGACGACAGGUCUGUGCCCGAGUUUCCCCUGGCAUAUUUGACCAGUGAGAACCGAGAUGUUUGGGCAGAGCUCAGACAGAAGUUGAUUCUUGGUGGCAACGAGGAAACCCUGAGGAAAGUGGACUCUGCUGUCUUCUGCCUCUGCCUAGAUGACUUCCCGAUGAAGAACCUUGUUCACCUGUCACACACCAUGCUGCAUGGCGAUGGCACGAACCGCUGGUUUGAUAAGUCCUUUAAUCUCAUCGUAGCCAAGGACGGCACUGCUGCCGUCCACUUUGAGCAUGCGUGGGGGGAUGGAGUGGCAGUGCUCAGGUUUUUCAAUGAAGUGUUCAAAGACAGCACUCAGACCCCUGCCGUCGCUCCCCAGAGCCAGCCAGCCGCCACCGACUCCUCUGUGUCUGUGCAGAAACUCAGCUUUAAGCUCAGCAGUGCUCUAAAGGCUGGCAUCACUGCUGCUAAGGAGAAGUUUGAUACCACCAUAAAAACCCUCACCAUUGACUCCGUUCAGUUCCAGAGAGGUGGCAAGGAAUUCUUGAAGAAGAAGAAGCUGAGCCCAGAUGCGGUGGCCCAGCUGGCCUUCCAGAUGGCUUUCCUGCGGCAGUACGGCCAGACAGUGGCUACCUAUGAAUCCUGCAGCACCGCAGCCUUCAAGCAUGGCCGCACAGAGACUAUCCGCCCAGCUUCCGUCUUCACUAAGAGAUGCUCCGAAGCGUUUGUCAGGGAGCCCUCCAAGCACAGUGUGGACGAGCUUCAGCACAUGAUAGCCGAGUGCUCCAAAUACCAUGGCCAGCUGACCAAAGAAGCAGCGAUGGGCCAGGGCUUUGACCGCCACUUGUUUGCUCUACGGUAUCUGGCAACAGCCAGAGGGGUCACCUUACCUGAGCUCUAUCUGGACCCUGCAUACCAGCAGAUAAACCACAACAUCCUGUCCACCAGCACUCUGAACAGCCCGGCAGUAAGCCUUGGUGGCUUUGCCCCUGUGGUCCCUGACGGCUUUGGCAUCGCGUAUGCUGUUCACGAUGACUGGAUCGGCUGCAACGUCUCCUCCUACUCGGGACGCAAUGCCCGGGAGUUUCUCCACUGUGUCCAGAAGUGCUUGGAAGACAUGUUCGAUGCCCUGGAAGGCAAAGCCAUCAAAACUUAGCUUCCUGGUUGGUGAAAAGCCUCCAUUCUUCCUCAUGAACAUGGGAGUUGGUGUAGCUGGAAGGCACCAUCUUGUGCCCAACCAGGCUAGUCCCUGGUGCUUGCGCAGCCAGUGCUGCAGGAGUGAGCGGAAGAUUCCAACUGAAGGUGAGGAGAGACUGCAGCUCUAAAGCCUUUGUUCAGGAGAUAGGGUUUGGAAAACAAUCUCAGCUGUAUUUAUUGUUUAAAUAGAAAUAAAACCCAGUGUUGCUAUGGU